AUGUCUCUCCCCGCUGUUAUCAGUUCGGCGGUGUCGUCCAUUGCCCACCCCACCUCAGAAGAUCCGAUCUUCGAUUGUCACCACAAUAUCACGAGCAUAUUUGAAGACCCUGAUACAUCAUUAGCGUUGGCGGACUCGAAGCUACGCGUGUUUCCCUUCAAAGAUGUACAUGUUUGCUGGCGACGGCUGUACACCGACGCGUCUAUCGCGAAAGUGUGUCUCGUCAUCAUACGAGAAUGCAAGCUAAGUCGACAGGUUGAGCCCGGCAAGUCGGACCUCGAGAAACUUGCCGAAGAGAUCCAAAGUGUUACGACGCCCCUUCAGAUUGACCCGGAUGCCGCAUGGCUCUCGGAAGUCGUCCACGUCCUUGACAAGGCACUGAUCAUGACUGGCGCGCCAUUGCGCGAGAAGCUCAUCGAGGAGUUGUUAUCGAGGCUUCAAGCAGAUACAGAAGGCGAGGAAGAAUCCCACACCUCUGAUCAUGGCGACAAGCCGCCCACGAAACGAAGAAAGAUUUCCUCCUCCCUCUUCCCUUCGCAUUCGCUCCCGAUACCCCGCCUCGAACAUCCCGUCCCACGCGUAUCGGCGCCAUCCUUCGACUCGAUCGAGCACCAUAUCCAAAAUAUUCGCACCCCUCUCGUCAUAACAGACACACUGAACCAUUGGCCAGCUCUGUCGACACGACCGUGGACCUCGCGGGAGUACUGGUGGAAGCGGACAUUCGGCGGGCGCAGGCUCGUCCCCGUCGAAGUAGGCAGAUCAUACACGGACGACGAUUGGGGUCAAAAGAUCAUGGAAUUUCGAGAAUUCGCGGAUCGAUUUCUAUGGCAGGGCGACUUGAGCAUCUGCUCGACUGGGGACAAUGACGAGGUGGAGACCGGGUACAUGGCACAACAUGACCUAUUGGCACAGAUCCCAGCUCUGAGAAAUGAUAUCGGCGUCCCGGAUUAUUGUUACAUUAACCCUCCAGAUGCGGAACAAGGGACCCCAGUCUAUGAGAGUAAGCGCCGUGACCGUGAAGCCGCGCGGGCUGCUUUGAAUUCCGAUCCCGAGUCAGCGGAUGGGAAUGCGACUGCUCCUGAUGGCACUUCCGAUGGCUCCUCAGAUGCAGGGUCACUCAUGGAGUUCCCGCAGGACCCGAUGAUCAACAUCUGGAUAGGACCCUCAUGGACGAUCUCGCCGCUGCAUCAUGAUCCGUACCAUAACAUUUUCGUGCAAGUUGCCGGGGCCAAGUACGUACGAUUGUACUCGCCACAUACACCAGCUUCACAGAUCCACCCUCGAGGUAAGGAGUGGGUCCCCUCUGAUGAUAAAGUCAAACAUGGCACUUCUGCAGACGAUAUAGGUGAUUCAAAAGGCAAGUACAUCGAUAUGUCAAAUACCUCCCAGGUAGACGUUGCAGCUAUCGAACUAUCCCUGCCGAGGCAGAUCAAUGGGAAGAACAGUGGCCUGGGUUUAUGGAUGCUGAGUAUGUCGAGACAGUUUUGCAGGAAGGUGAAAGCCUUUACAUUCCUGUUGGGUGGUGGCACUACGUGCGUGGAUUACGCGCCGGAGUGA